CUCUCUCUCUCUCUCUCUUCCCCAGACGCAGCAGCAGCUUGGCUUGGAUUCAGUACCUCCCCUAUGUACUGCCUUACUCCAUCACAUCCCUGAACGUGCGCGGUGUGGCUGACGAGCACUUCUUUAAAACCCCGACACUUCACUGGAGUUGCUUCCCUGCGCGUUUUGAGAGUCGAAGGGAGGGGAGACGCAUUCCCCAAAAUCUCUUCUAACGAUGGAGACCGCUCCUGGUUUAUUUCCUGGCUCACACUUUACUCUUUCCACCUGGCUUAUUUUUUCAUCCUUGUACCUGUUUCCAAAUAUAUAUGCUGAGAUAACUUGCGCACCAUGCGUGUUGCCAGUGCAACUGAAAAACGCGGGGAAUGUUUAUCUGUCGUCUGAUACUGGGAAAUAUUUGAGAGGGGAUCAAAAGAAACCCAAUCUGUCCACAGCCCCUUACCCCGGUACUGGAGUAACCAGUGGACGAGCGGCGGAUGGUAUUCCUGGCUUGGUGGCGAAACUGGAAAAAGACGCGGAGGUGCUGAACUCCGGUGCGCUUAUGGAGAACUUCACCGAGUCCGGUUUGGAUGAAGAAAUGUUUUCGGAUGAAUAUUUGGCAAGUGAUUCCGAAUUCGAACCCGAGGUAAAGCGAAUGGACGCCGCUUUGGGGAGAAUCAAAAGAAGCGUGCCCGAGUUUUUGGAGAGCGCACGGAGCGCCGGUGCCCGCUCGGAAGAGCAAAGAAAGACCUCUGGUGUGCGCCUGGACGGAUCGAGCAAACGCACCGAAGUUCGCUGGAACAAGGAUGAUGAUGGCAAAGUGUCUGAUUCCAGAUCAGACGAACCCAGGGUGGUCAGCAGCACUUUUGCGCUGGCUGGAGACUCCGCGCACAACCACGCAGUCGUGUAUUGGUCCGGGAAAAACAGCAGUGUGAUUCUGAUUCUCACCAAACUGUACGACUUUCACCUUGGCAGCGUAACAGAAAGCACUCUAUGGAGAUCAACAGAUUACGGGAGCACCUAUGAGAGAAUGAAUGACAAAGUGGGAGCCAAAACCGUUCUGAGUUACCUCUACGUCUGCCCUACAAAUAAAAGAAAGAUUAUGGUGCUGACUGACCCAGAGUUUGAAAGCAGCAUUCUCAUCAGUUCAGAUGAAGGUGCAAGUUACCAGAAAUAUCGCUUGAGCUUUUACGUCUUGAGUCUGCUGUUUCACCCAACGCAAGAGGACUGGGCACUGGCCUACAGCCAUGACCAAAAGCUGUAUAGCUCCUUUGACUUUGGUCGAAAGUGGCAACUUGUUCACGAACGAGUGACUCCAAACCGUUUCUACUGGUCAGUGACCGGUCUGGACAAGGAGUUAGAUCUAAUACACAUGGAAGCUCAUACACCUGACAGCAAUUGUCAGUAUGUGACAUGCAGAGCUCACGCCUGCUCCGAGUCCAGUAAGACGUACCCAUUUCCUGGCUAUAUUGAGACCAACUCACUCGUGGUUCAAGAUGAAUACAUGUUCGUGCAGGUGACCACAACAGGCAGGGCGAGUUACUACGUGUCCUAUCAACGAGAACCUUUUGUUCGCAUUAAAAUUCCUAAGUACUCUCUGCCCAAGGACCUGCAUAUCGUAAGUACGGAUCAGAGUCAGGUCUUCGCCGCCGUCCAGGAGUGGAAUCAAAACGACACGUAUAACCUGUACAUAUCUGACGUGCGGGGAGUUUACUUCACUUUGGCAUUGGAGAACGUCAGGACGAGCCGCAGCCUCGGGGGCAACAGCAUGAUCGACCUUUACCAGGUAGCAGGGAUUGAAGGUAUGCUCAUCGCUAAUAGAAAGGUGGAGAACCAGGUGAAGACGUACAUCACUUACAACAAGGGACGCGACUGGAGGCUUUUACAGGCACCCAAUACUGAUCUGACUGGAAAUGAGAUUCAUUGUGUGCUGCCCUUUUGUUCGCUGCAUCUACAACUGCAGAUGUCAGAAAACCCGUACCUCUCCGGCUCCAUAUCCACUAAGAGCUCUGCACCAGGAGUCAUAGUGGCGACAGGAAAUAUUGGCUCCGAACUGUCGUAUAAUAAUGUUGCAAUGUACAUUUCAUCAGAUGCUGGCAAUACCUGGAGACAGAUUUUUGAGGAGGAGCACAACGUAUGGUUUUUGGACAGAGGUGGGGCUUUGGUUGCAGUAAAGCAGCCCACCAUUCCCACCAGACAUCUUUGGAUCAGCUUCGAUGAAGGUCGCCAGUGGACACGUCACAGUUUCUCAGCCAUGCCGCUCUUUGUGGAUGGAGUUCUGGUGGAGGCAGGUGCAGAAAACCAGAUCAUGACGUUUUUCGGGCAUUUCAGCCAUCGCUCUGAAUGGCAGCUUAUUAAAAUUGACUACAAGCCUGUGUUUACCAGAAGGUGCACGGAGGGCGACUACCAAACUUGGCACCUGCAUAACCAGGGAGAGCCGUGCAUUAUGGGUCAGAAGCAGAUCUACAUGAAACGUCGUCCAGGCAACUACUGUAUGGUGGGAUGGGACAACUCCAGGAUCUUGUCUGCUGAACCCUGCAUCUGUAGAGCGCAUGACUUUGAGUGCGAUUACGGUUUCGAGAAAAGAGGUGAUGGAAACUGCCAGCCAGCGUUUUGGUUCAACCCCUCCACAGUGUCUCGAAGCUGCAGCCAAGGUCAAAACUACCUCAACAGCACGGGGUAUCGUAAAGUGGUCGCGAAUAACUGCACGAAAGGUGUGAAGGACUUAUAUACAGCCCGAAAGCAGCAGUGUCCCAACCGUCCACCUCGAGGAUUGGUCCUGGCAACCCGUGAUGACAAACUCACAGCAAACUUGGGCAGCAAUGUGACUUUCCUGGUGCGGUUAGAGGAGGGGGACUCCAUGAGGACCAACAUUCAGCUGGACUUCGGAGACGGGACGGCGGUGUCGUACUCGAACCUGAGCUGGACGCAGGAGGGGAUCAGACACGUGUACCGCAGUGCCGGGAUCUUCAGGGUAACGGCGCUGGCGGAGAACAGCCUCGGGUUCGACGCGUCGUCGCUUUACCUCCACGUGACAUGCCCAGUGGAGCACAUACAGCUGUUGGCUCCGUAUGUGGUCAUUAAGAACAAGGAGGUGAACCUGACAGCAGUGGUCUGGCCUUCUCAUUUCAGAACGCUCACCUAUUUUUGGUGGCUGGGGAACAACACGGAGCCGAUCAUCACAUUGGAGAGCAGUAUUUCCUACACGUUCAACACUGAGGGUAUGACCACAGUGACUGUGCAGGUGUCUUCGGCAGAUUCGAUAUUACAAGACAGCAGAAACAUCGCAGUGCAAGAAUUCUUCAAAUCGCUUCUUUUGUCUUUCUCUCCCAAUCUGGACGAGGCCAACCCUGACGUCCCUGAAUGGAGACAGGACGUGGGUCGGGUAAUUAAGAAGGCCGUUCUCCAAGUCGCACCAGAUAUUCCAGAAGACCAGCUUCUGGUCGCCGUGUUUCCCGGAAUUCCGACUGCCGCCGAGCUCUUCCUGCUUCCUCCCAGGAACCAAUCAGACGGCAGGAAAAGGAGUGAAGAGCAUCUGGAGCAGUUAUCAGAAGUCCUGGUCAAUGCAUUGAAUCAAAUUUCGGUGGAGUUCGAACUGAAGACCGGCUCUCGGGUCAUCGUUUAUGUCACACAAUUAACUUUAGCUCCACUAGUUGACUCCAUCCCAAGACACAGCAGUUCGGCGAUGCUGAUGCUAUUAUCCGUGGUGUUUUUGGGGUUAGCUGUAUUUCUCAUCUACAAAUUUAAGAGAAAAAUCCCCUGGAUUAACAUUUAUGCGGAGGUGAACCACGAGAAAGAGCAGGAGAUGAUCAGUACGGUGGGCCAAAAUGACACCACGCCCAAAAUCACCCUAAGCGAGUUCUCCAGCCAGAAAGAGCUGAUGGAGAAAGAGCUGGAGGCCCGUGCCAAACGGGCCGUGAUCAACACCUGUGAAAGCACAAGGGAGAUUCCGAACUGCACGAGCGUCUGAAUCCGUCUGGAGGAGAGAGAGGUUCAAUGUAAUUAUGUGUACAGACGUAUCACAAUUUUAAAAGUUGACAGUUUUCCUUUUUGCUUUUUUGUAAUUUCCAAA